ACCAAGCUUCUUUGCACCACUUCGCCAUGAAAUCUCUCCAAAUUCUACAUCAAUGGCUUCUUCUUCUUCUCUUCUCGACUGCCAUUUCUGCAACACCGUUUGAUACACCGAGGCUCAGUCCAUUCCGAAGAACAGUUUCGGAAGAAUCAAACACCGUUUCUGGGGAUUUCAGAACAUUUUUUUAUACUCAAACACUUGAUCAUUUCAACUACAGACCUCAAAGUUAUGCCACUUUUAAGCAAAGAUAUGUGAUGAAUUCAAAGUACUGGGGUGGGCCAAAAGAAAAUGCUCCAAUUUUUGUUUAUUUGGGUGCAGAAGCGCCACUGGACAGAGAUCUAGCUAAUAUUGGGUUUCUCACAGAUAACGCUGCUCGUUUCAAAGCUCUCUUAGUAUAUAUUGAGCAUCGGUUCUAUGGACAAUCAAACCCCUUGGGAUCAAUAGAAAAAGCAUUAGAAAAUGACAACAUGCGCGGCUAUUUCAACUCAGCUCAGGCUCUAGCAGAUUAUGCGGAGGUGUUGGUGUACUUGAAAAAAAAAUUGCAUGCUCAAAAUUCGCCAAUAAUUGUUGUUGGAGGAUCUUAUGGUGGAAUGUUGGCUGCGUGGUUUCGGCUAAAAUAUCCACACAUCACUCUUGGUGCUCUGGCAUCAUCUGCUCCAAUUCUCUACUUCGAUGACAUCACUCCCCAGAGUGGAUUUUAUUCAGUUGUCACCAAGGAUUUCAAGGAUGCGAGUGAGAGUUGCUACCAAACUAUAAGAAAAUCAUGGUCUGAAAUUGACAAAGUGGCUUCAAAACCUAAUGGCCUUUCAGUUCUCAGCCAAACAUUCAAGACUUGCACGACUUUGGAGCAAUCUUCUGAUCUAAGGGACUAUUUGGACUCGAUAUACUCCGAAGCAGCCCAGUAUGAUGAGCCACCAACAUAUCCGGUUGCCGGAAUAUGUGGCGGCAUCGAUGGAGGAUUGGAAGGAGAUGAUAUUCUUGGCCGGAUAUUCGCCGGUGUCGUGGCUUAUAAAGGAAAGAGAUCAUGUUAUGACAUAAACGAAUAUAACUAUCCUAGUGAAACCAAGAUGGGGUGGGCUUGGCAGCAAUGUAGUGAGAUGGUGAUGCCCAUUGGCCGUGGCAUGAACGACACUAUGUUCCCACCAGAGCCUUUCAAUUUAAACGGUUUCAUGACGGACUGCAAGAGCUUGUUUGGUGUCCGACCUCGACCCCACUGGGUUACAACCUAUUAUGGUGGCCAAGAUAUGAAAUUGGUUCUCCAAAGAUAUGCAAGCAACAUUAUUUUCUCCAAUGGAUUGAGAGAUCCUUACAGUAGUGGAGGGGUUUUGGAGGACAUAUCGAGUAGUAUACUUUCUGUUCAAACAACCGAGGGAUCCCAUUGCUUAGAUAUAGUUAAAGCAACGCAAAGUGAUCCACAAUGGUUGAUCAUGCAACGGAAGAUAGAGAUCGAGAUCAUAGAAGGAUGGAUCCGAAAGCAUUAUGCUGACCUUCGUUUGCUCAAACAAUAGAUAUGCAACAUCUUAAAGGAUACAGAUAUCUCCAAUAAGCUCUCAAAGGAAAGUUAAUUGCAGCCAUAAUCACUUAAUCAAGUGCACAUAACAAAUUUCAGGUUGGAAAAUUGAAGACUUGGAAAUGAAGAAGAAAUAAAAUUCCAUUAAUUCCUAAAACAUUUUUUUGUAAAGAUUCGUUUUACACGACGAAUAACUGGCUUCAUCUCCAUGAUGGGUGAAUAUGCGUCGUUGGAGCUUGCUGAAAAGCUUAUUUUUUGAUUCUUUGCUUGACAGAACCUUGUGUGAUCAUGGCUCUUAAUUAAAAGGGCUUGUCUUGAUCGAGCUCGAGUGCCUUGAGAUUUGACCUGGAAUGUAAUUUUAGCACACUUUUUCACAGCGUAGAAUCAAUGAAGAAGAUGAUGAAUUGUUUAUUUGUAAAAUUUCUCAAAUUAAUCCCCUAGAUUUGUUUGAGAUCCACGAUGGACUUCUGGUGCU